AAUGUUUAUUUUCCUCAAAGAGGUUAGAAAUUUAGAAUUCUGCAUUUUCUCGUUCAUUGUGUCACAACUUUCGAGUGGUUACGAUAUUCUCUGUGAAUAAUUUCGAAUUCAACAGUUCCAGCUUCAGCACUCAAUAGAGACAUUCAGGUCUACCUCCAACUCACGUUAAUUUUGUCGUUCCAAUUUUUUGUUACGGUCUUUAGUCUCACCGCAGUUGAAGUAAGUUUGCAUUGUUAGCCAUGGGCACGCCGGCCGCGAGUAGCAUGGAGGUGGAUGAAAGUUCCAAAAAUGUUAUGGCCUCAUCUGGAAUAGUUGGCAGUGUCUCCGUCUCCCUACAUCCAUUGGUCAUUAUGAAUAUUUCAGAACACUGGACGAGGAUACGCGCUCAAGAGGGUCAAGCGCAGCAAGUCAUUGGCGCUUUGAUCGGCAAACAGACUGGACGCAAAGUCGAAAUAAUGAACUCGUUUGAGUUAGUUUUCAACGUUAUAGGUGAAGAUAUAAUGAUCGACAAAUUCUACUACAAGACUAAGGAAGAGCAGUUCAAGCAGGUCUUCAGUGAAAUGGAUUUCCUUGGUUGGUACACAACAGGUGAUGAGCCUGACGAGUCUGAUAUCAAAGUUCACAAGCAGAUCUGCGAGAUCAACGAGAGUCCAGUAUUUCUAAAAAUGAACCCACUUGUCCGAAGGAGCGACUUGCCUGUCACCAUGUAUGAGUCAGUGGUUGAUCUUAUCGAGGGUGAAGCCACAGUGCUUUUUGUAAAACUCACGUACACCCUAGCAACGGAGGAGGCCGAAAGAAUCGGUGUUGAUCAUGUAGCACGCAUGUCCAGCAACGACUCAGGAGAGAGCUCUUUGAUGGCUGAACACUUAACAGCGCAGCACAGUGCGAUAAAAAUGCUACACAGCCGCGCUAAACUCAUAUUAGAGUACCUCAAAGCACUGCAAAGUGGACAGCUCCCGAUGAACAGAGAAAUUUUAAGAGAAGCAUCAGCCUUGAGUAAUCGGCUACCAGUGAUUCAAAAUUCAAAGUUCAAAACCGAAUUUUACAAUCAGGUAGCAGAUGUAGGACUCAUGACUUACCUUGGAACCAUCACAAAGAGUUGCAAUGACAUUAACCAAUUUGUCAAUAAGUUUAAUAUAAUGUACGAUCGACAAGGAAUAGGUCGCAGGAUGAGAGGAUUGUUCUUUUAAUUAUGCAGAUAAAAUUUUUUUGUGAUUUUCAAUUUUUUUCUUGCAUUUUGUCAGCUCUGGCAAUAAGCAGAAAAAUCCUGGCACCAAGACCACUCCACUCUCUUUACCUUUGUUAAUCAUUUUUUGGUCUCUCAGUGCUCCCAAGGAUGUGCAUCUAAGUACGCCCAGAUUUAAGUGUGCAAGCAUUUUGUCAUUAUGUUAUUUUAGGUAAACGAAGCUCAAUAAAUUAGAUCGAAAACCAAAAUAGUGCACAAUUUUUAAGAAUGUGCUUUUUUGUUGAGGAAUAAAUGUAACAUUUUUCUUAUCAGUA